UUAUUUCUCAUCUCACACAACGUCCAUGUUGAAUCGCCAAACAACUCUGAAGCUUUUCACGCUAUUCCACGUUGAGUGAACCUUGCGGAGAAAACGAGGAGCGAGCAUGCUUGCCGUGCACUGAGCCAAAAUGCUCGCAUCCCUACAUCGAAGAGCCCUACUGCGUUUUCAUUAAAAAGUGUCGGCUUGGAUGUGCCUGCAAAUUUGGAUAUAUUCGCCAUGAUCUCGAUAAUCGAUGUAUUUCCGUUCUGGACUGCAAAAUUCCAGUGCGACAGCUCAAGGCUCCCAUUUGGUAAAGUGUAUUUAUUGGGAUCAAUACAUUUCUUUUAGAGUACCAAUUGUGAUUUUCUUCU